AUGAGUUCGAUAUUCUGUUGCCCCUCUAUCAAUCCGUACCGCCCACAGAAGCUUGAUCACGAGGACAAAUUCGAAGCCUUCAUGCAGUGGACCAAGCUUGAAUCCUCUCCCAUUCUGGACUCAGUCUCAGUGCGGGCCGACACCGUUCCUUAUGCUGUUCAGCUUGUAGAACAGGUCGAUUUUGGGCCACAGGAGUCCAUCAGAUAUUUCGCGCCAGCGGGGACUGGCUCCCAGUUCGUGGAAGUUGCCGAAGGAGAUUUAAUUGAUUGGAACUUUGAAAAACUGGAUUCGUACAAGAACUUCAGAUGCGACAAACACAAAAAGUUUCAUGAACGGGUCAACCUCGCACGACCAUCCCGAGAUAUCGAUCUAGCCCUUCGAACGAAAGAGCAUCAAAUGAAGGAAAUAAAUAUAGGGAUCGAGAGCUCGGAAUAUAAGGCCGAUUUAAGCCAAGGCGAAGCAUCUGUUCAAAAACAACAUGACCCUAUAGCAAGAUCACCUGAGGAUAUCCCUGUAGAGGGAACGGAUUCAAAGUCUCCUGAAAUGAUUCCUCCAGCUGCCGAUCCAGACAAUUUGGCCUUGAAGAGUGUGCUGAGGUUCCUGCUUCCGCCAGACCGGAUAUCUCUUAGGUCAAACCAUCUCCUAUCCCUACUCUGCCUUGACUGGCUCAAUCAAAAGUUCAAUCUCGGGCUUGAGCUUGAAACCUCUUGGAUUUCUGGGCUUACCAGUACUAACUUGAUUGUAUUUCUCUGUGGUUGUCUCGACUCUUCUGUCGACGAUGAAGUCGAAGUCGCGGAAGUAGAAGCCUUAGUUAUACCUGCAACAAAAGAAAGUAAGCUAACUACGAGACAAGAGGUUUCAGGUCGGGACAGGCUCCAGCAGAUUGUGACUAGGAUUCUUGAUUCUGGCAGUGGGGUUGAUUGGGUAUCAAAGCACGGUUGUCAUGUCCGGAGAGUCUUGGAUUCUUUCCCCAGUGCAGACUUUCUUGAAGAAUCAUUGCGUGCGAAUGAGAAGUAUGAAAGUGACUGGAGUCUCAAGGAUACUAGCGUGAUCAAGAGUGCUCUUAAUGAAGAGCCUGAUGAGGAGCCUUCGGUAUGGUUGAGUCCUAGUCUCAGUUAUUACCCGCAGCAUGAGAUUUACGACUAUGGAUAUGGCUCCGAGUCCCCCAAAGACUUCACAGCUUGCGAUAAAGAAUGCGGGUACUGUGGUCAUUGCGAUUAUUGA